CAUCAGCGGCGCGGGAGGCGGGCCCGGCCAAUGGCGGGCGCGUGUGGCGCCCGUCACCGUGGCGACGGGGCCGGUCCCGGGGAGGCGGCGAUGGGUUGACAGGUGCGUGACAGUCGGGAGCUUCUCCGCAGGCAUGUACGGCAAAGGCAAGAGCAACAGCAGCGUCCCGUCCGACAGCCAGGCCCGCGAGAAAUUAGCACUGUACGUAUAUGAAUAUCUGCUCCAUGUAGGAGCACAGAAAUCAGCCCAGACAUUUUUAUCAGAGAUAAGAUGGGAAAAAAAUAUCACACUGGGGGAGCCCCCAGGAUUCUUGCAUUCCUGGUGGUGUGUGUUCUGGGAUCUCUAUUGUGCAGCUCCAGAAAGACGAGAAACAUAUGAACACUCAAGUGAAGCAAAAGCCUUUCAUGACUAUAGUGCUGCAGCAGCUCCCAGCCCAGUGCUAGGAAACAUUCCCCCAGGAGAUGGCAUGCCAGUAGGUCCAGUACCACCGGGGUUUUUUCAGCCUUUCAUGUCCCCCCGGUACCCUGGAGGCCCAAGGCCACCUCUCAGAAUACCCAACCAGGCCCUCGGAGGUGUCCCAGGGAGUCAGCCCCUCCUGCCCAGCGGGAUGGACCCCACACGGCAGCAGGGUCAUCCAAACAUGGGUGGGCCAAUGCAGAGGAUGACUCCUCCAAGGGGAAUGGUGCCAUUAGGACCACAGUCUGACCCUUGGUUGUCGUUGCAGAACUAUGGAGGUGCCAUGAGACCCCCUCUGAACGCUUUAGGUGGCCCGGGGAUGCCUGGGAUGAACAUGGGUCCUGGGGGUGGUAGACCUUGGCCAAACCCAACCAAUGCCAAUUCUAUACCUUAUUCCUCAGCCUCUCCUGGGAACUAUGUGGGUCCUCCAGGAGGUGGAGGGCCACCAGGAACACCCAUUAUGCCUAGUCCUGCAGAUUCAACCAACUCUGGAGACAACAUGUACACUUUAAUGAAUGCUGUGCCACCUGGGCCCAACAGACCUAAUUUUCCACUGGGGCCAGGCUCAGAUGGACCCAUGAGCGGACUGGGUGGAAUGGACUCACACCAUAUGAAUGGAUCAUUAGGCUCAGGAGACAUGGACAGUAUUUCCAAAAACUCUCCCAGUAAUAUGAGCAUGAGCAACCAGCCUGGCACUCCCAGGGAUGACAGUGAGAUGGGUGGAAACUUCCUAAACCCUUUCCAGAGUGAGAGUUACUCCCCUAGCAUGACAAUGAGUGUGUGACCCCUUCACAAGUGUCGCCAUGAAGACCACAGUGAGUUGGCCCUCUCCAGAGAGCUACUGCAGAAGAAAAUUAUUCGUCCCAGUGUACAGUUUAACUAAAGGAUCCCAGACACAAUCAGACCCACCUGGGUUGUUUGGUUUUUUUUUUUUUUUUCUCCUACCAUCUCCCUUGUUUUGUCAAGAAAGUGGGUCCCAAACAUGCUUGAGACAACUGUAAGGAGUGGCAUGAGAGAAGUGCCCGAGGUGGAGCUGCCAGCACCUGUCUGUGUGUGUACAUGUGUGGGUCAGCGUGGGGUGUGUGUGUGACACACAAACACACACACACACACAGACCCCAGGACACUGUAAAAUAGGAUCACGUGACAUCUUACAUAGAAAUCAGAAGUAGGGACUUUUAUUCCAUUAAUUUUUUUUUCCACGUUUACAUUUUAAUUAUUAAAAUUUGCUUUCCCUCUCCCAUCCUGAACUGUUUUAUGUUGCAUAUAUCACUGCUUUAUAAGUUAUUUUUUAAGUUGAACUCAAAAGAUAAAUUCUUUUGAUUUUGUUAGUGUCUGCCAUUAUGGAUAGGAAUAAAAUUGCUUAUACGAGCUUUCAUUACCUUGUGUUUGAUACCAGCUACCCUGUGAAUCACAAAUUGUACUGUCUCAAGAAAUAGAAGAAAGCUCAUCUUAAUUUUUUUGAGAAAUUUAAUAACUUCCACCUAGUUUGGGGAUUUUUUUUGAUACUUUGCCUUUAAGAGAAAAAAAGAAGCACUGAAGGUUAUUUUUCUUCUUUAAUUGAAGCCUAAUAUCUGCAAUAUCUAUUUUAAAUGGAAGCCUGAAUUUGAUACAAGCUUCUCAGUUUAUAUAGAGUACUAUAAGGUUACUGUAAGUGAGCUCUAAUUGCUAUAGAAUCUAGCAAUAAAGUGUCAGGGCUUCUCCUGCCCUUGGAAUUGAGUUUUCUAUGUAGCAUGGUCUUCUGUAAGGGUGGUAGUUAGUGGAAAUACAGUAGAGUCUUUAUCACCAAAACAUUUUCUAACAACUUACAAUUAUGUUUCCCAUUUUCAGUGAUUCUCAAACAUAUAUGAGCAAUCCGUGUUCCUAAUUAUAAACAGUAUUUCCCAAGCCCAUUUAGAAAAUCAGGUCACCCUGCUGCUUGGGUGCGUGUUUUCUGCCAUAUCUGCAGAAUUAAUUCCCAAAAAACUUUCCAGUCAGCAGCCUUUUUUUUUUUUUUUUUUUUUUGAGCCAAAAUGCCACGGUAAACUUUUUAUGACUACUAGCCUUGUGUGAGGGCAUAGAGUUAGGUGGGAAAGCUGGGGCCAGAAUGCAGAAAAAGGCCUAAAGGAAACGCUUCUGGAAGCAUUCCCAUUUCUCUUCAGGCAGAGCUCUGAAACCAAGCUUAUGGUACAUUGACUGAGUUCUGAUGAUUUUCAGCUCCCCCAAGAAAACAAAGGUUUUCAGUUUGUAGUGAUACAAAGGCUGAUGAUCAGCAAUGCAGGCACAAAGGGGCUCAGCAGAAAUUCAUGCCACAGACAAACAGCAAAUUCCUCUCCUUGGACUUUAAUCCAGAAAAGCCACUUGCAGAGGAGGAGCAGCUCUGGGAUGUGGUAUAUGCAGGUGCAAGGGGAUUCUCUUCCAUGGACUUGUGGUAAAGGAAUAUCACCCAUAUGUGAUGGGCUUGUGAUGGUAGCUGAAACGUAACAAGAUGUGUAAGGAAUACUACAAUCUCCUAACUAAUUUUUAUUUCCAUAUAUUAUAUGUGUAUGAUAUAUGGAAAUAAAAAGAUGUAACAUGUUACUCUCCUGUUAGGGCUAUUCAAGGAUGAAAGUCUCAGAGCAUUAAAAUCAUGUUGAAGUAUCAAAGCUUUUGGUAGCAUUACUUUUAAUAAGAACUACUUGAUUAGAUAUUAACAUGACCUAGAUAGUAAUUAUUUGGUAUUGUAGACUGUAUUCUUAUUGCUUAUGAAGGUCACAUUAAUUUGCUUCUCUUUGGAAAACAUAUUGUUUCUGUCUCCAAAGAUUCUGGAAGUCCCUGCUAUUGGCUUGAAUCACAAACACAAAAUCAGGUGUAAUUUCUUCAGACCCUUUGCUGUUGUCACUGACACCACUGGUGUGUCCCCAGAGUCCUUGCAGCCUGUGUUUGCCACCUGUGUUAUCUGUGGUAGCCUUCCAGGGAGCCAAGGGCUCUUUCUGGCCCAGUGUCAGUCAGUUGAUGUCUUUGCUGAUGGACUGAGUGAGAGGAGUAGUGCAUCAAGUGCCAAAGCCCAUUCCCAGGUCAGUGAGCUGUUGGGCACCUUGGAAGGAUGGAAGCCUGGCCUUAAACCUGUGCUUGGACCUGCUGGCACAGAUUGGAAAACAAUAUUAAAACACGUUAUCCUCACUUUUAUACAGGAGCAUAACGUCCUUUCAGCACAUGACUGAUUCCCUGUGUCCUGCAUUUCUCAUACCCCACAGGGCAGCUGAUGUCACUAAUGCUUUGUCCAAGGCUUUACCCGGGCUCCCCACUCUCCAGGUUCCUGCAGAGGCCAGGUUCUGCAGCUGAACCAUUAGAAAACAAUAUUAUGUGCUAAUUACUCAAAUUCUAAAUAACACCUUCGGAUUAUAUUUUUCUUAAUAUGCACAGGACUUUUUGCUUGUUCAUUUUUCUUUCCUUUGCUUACAAAUUCUUGUGGUAUCUGGAGUAUCAAUAUGGGAAGAAAGACUAUUCCCAAGCACUCAGUUUUUGCUCCCACUUACAUUUUUUAUGCUCCAGAUACCAGGAGUAAUGUGACUGCUCUUUGGUUCUGUCCUUGUGCAACAGCACUGUGGAUAAUGUUAGAACUUAUCCAGCUCUGGUAGGAAUUUUAAGUGGUGCAGGAUAAACUUUCUCACACUGGGAUUUUAGAUAGAUCUUGCUCUUUAGUAGUGAAGUAAAUAGAAGGUGAUUCUGUACAUGAGUAUUUCAGGCAAAGUUGAAGUAAACCUUUUUAAAAACAGAAGUGAUUAAAUCUUAGAGUAGCAGAAAUGAAGAGUAAGAGUUCUGUUAUGCUGUGAGAACUCUUGCAAAUAUUCCAGCUUUGUGGAGAACAGCUGAAACUGGAUUCACUUGUGAACUUCACAAUGAAACCAGGGUCUUACCUGCUGCUUAAACCUGGAAAGAAAUGCUUAGAUCCAGAUGUAUCUCCACAUCACCCAGAUUGUAUUACCUAAGAACAGGGUUUGAGGCAAGGGAGAAACUGUCUGAAUCACAGGUAAAGCAUGUGGCCUGGCAUGCAUUAACAAAAUACCUGGAUAUUUGCAUGUAGGGAUUACAUUAUGUUCUUAACUACCUGAGAAUGAGGAAAAACUGCAGUUUGGAACUUGCACUUCCAACCCCCAGAAAUUCCAUUUUUUAUUUGGAAGCCCUCUGGUUGCAGAGCCCUGCCCACAUGUUCAGAGACAGUAACAACUUCCAGGCUUUUUCAGCCUGUUCCCUAUAGUGUAGGAUUAAAAGUUCCACAUACCAGGACAUCCAGCUGUUCGUUUCCCUUCCAACAGGAAUACUCAAUGAGAAAUAAUGUAGGCUAAUCAUUUAUUUUAAAUAAUUCCACUUGGGAAGAAGUGAAUAGAAGCCUGCUUCUUUAAGGAUCCAUCAAAGGACAGUUUCUUGAACUGCCUAAAACAAAUUGAAUUUCACUCUGUUCUGUGGCAAUACUGCAUGUGCAAAUAAUUUGGAAUUAGAUUUAAUGAGGGACCAGCUGUUACAAUAUUUAGUGUUGAUCACUUUAUUGAGAAUGACUUUUCAGCUGAUACAUGUUACACAGGGUCCUAUUUCUGCAUAAGUUAAUAAUUAAGUGUUUUCCCCUGCUCCAAGUGAGCUCUGCUCCACUGUUGUUAUUGUCGUGGCUAAGAAUGGACUGGAUUAUUCAGUAUUUGACCCUACACAUUUGCAUUUCAAGAAUGUAAAAUAUACCUUAAUGAUGUAAAAAGUGCAGGUAAAUUUGUUUUUCUUUCAUUCACCAUAAGUGGUGAUAUAAUUGUGGGUGCUGUCAGAGACACACUUGGGUUUGCUCAGGCCUUAAGGACGGGGAAUCCUUACAAAGCUCAUCUUUCAAAUAAACCCCUAUAAAACUACUUCAACACUCUUAUCUCACAUUGAGGAUCCAAUUCACAAUUUAGUGGUUCAAAACAACUCUAGAAAUUCAGAAAUAAAUUAUUUAGGUUUAAAUUUUGCUGUAUUCAGCUCUCUCUACUUUUCAGAUAUUGGCACAGUUCUGUAAACUGCUGCUUGUGCCAAUUCUGCUGCAACUUUGAUGAAACCAUUCACAUAAGGUCAUUUUUUGGGUAGGAUUUUGCCCUAGUCUGAGUCAAAUAUAUAAUUUACCUGUGGUGUAACAUUAUUUGGCAGAUGUAAAAACUGAGUACAUAGAGAAAAACCCAGAGGGUCUGUUGAAAUUACCAAAAUUAUGUUUCAACUUGAAAAAUGAGAAAAGAGAGUUUAAAAUACUGCUUAGAGUGCACUCCUGUAUAGUGUCUACAUAUUGGAAACAAAUUACAAUGCCAAAUCUAGAAAAAACAAAUGGAUCAUCUACUGAGGACAUGAAAAUUCUGAUCCUGCCAAUAGCUUCACCUUGUUUUGAAUUUGAGCCUGCACAUAGUUAAUUUUAAACAGAUCUGAGAACAGGUAGUAUCCUUCAGGAAAUUAAAAAAGUAGGACUUUAGUAAUCUAAACCCAUGCUUGAACAUGGACAGUCUAGAGCUCAAAUUAAGUCUUUCCUAAGCAGACAUUAUUUUACAGAUCUUACCAGUGCAGAAGCAUGUUUAUGUGUCAAUAGUACUGACAUGCAGAGCAGAUUUGGCUUUCUUCUGUUUCUUACUUUACUAGAGCUUUGUUCACUAUUACACGAACUGUUUCUGUGAAUUUGUUCUUUCAUCUUGUUUUCAGUUGUGCAGCCAUAGUUUCCCUCAAAACAGCCAACAGCUUUGCAGUUUUAGUCCAAACUUCUGUUUGGUUGCUGUUCUUCAUUUAAGCUUAAAAUGUGUAAGAGAGCCUCUCAUGUAAUAGGAAAACUUGCCAUAAAAAUGUAUAAAGGUUUUCUUGGGUACAUGUUUUCAAAUUUAAUAAAUGCAGUUUUCGGUUAUAAUUUGAAAUGGUCACUUUCUAGCAACUAUUUCAGUUUUGUGUGUAAAAGAAAUGAAGAGAAAAAAAGAAAAUCACCUUUUUUUUUCUUUAUUUUACUUCAGCAUUGUAAAUAUUUGCUGAAAGACAUGGUUUUGGGGAAAUCAGAUCAAAAAGAGAUUUGCUGCCUAGUUGCUAUAGAUAACACAGCUGAAAGCUCCUUCCACACCUCUGAAAGUGUCCUGCUUGCCAUCUGAAUAGUGUGACCUUGUGCAAAGCCUAAUUCACCAGCAGUGGUUCCAUUUGCCUGGCCAGUGCUUUCAGCGUGUCGCGUGGAUGGUUCAGGGCUCUGUGGCCUCAGAAGAGUGACCGAGUGUCGAGCAGGCUUGUUCCCAGGUCAGCUGGCUCAGGACUGGGCAAUCAUCCGCCAGAAACAAGGUGUUCGUUCGCUACCUCGCUGUUCUCUUGAGAACUUGCACAACUCUUCUUGCCGUUAGGUUCUGGGGAUCCUUUCAAGAUUUUACAGUGCUGAGACAAGAGGCUGGAUUUUGCUAAGAGAGAAUUCUGGCAGUUUUAGCAUCGGUUUUCAUAGGGAAACAGCACAAAACAUGGGGAUUUUGAAAGGUGGUGUGUUCACAAUAGAGUGGUGAACUAGGAAAUAGACUGUACCCUCUAGGAGUUUGGGCUAUUACAGAGAUACUGAAAUCAUCAGUAAUUGCUUUUGAUGGAAAAAGUCUUGUUGGGGAACAACUGCUCUGAUCCCUGAGGAGUCAAAUUGUCCACUGGGUGAACUGGAUAUUUUAGGUUUCACUUCUGUUGUUUUGAUCUUCAUGUGUUACCCUCUCUCACUUGGACUUCCCCAGUAAAUGCCAGAUCUUUAUGCAAAAAUAAGAGCAUUUUGCCCAACAAACAUGCAGGAAGUUGUUCAUAACUGUAACUAGAGCCCUGCUGUAGAGAGUUUAUUUCAUUAGUGAGAAAUUGAGUGUAACACCAGAUAAGGAGCGGCAGUGCAGCAUCCUGAGAGCUCUCACUGCUCAAGAUCUGGACAGUCAGCAUCCCACACGCUCACAAAUCAGCCGAGAUGGUUCCUAACAGUUAUAGAAAACAGCUUGGAAGACAGGCUCAUUUUUGUCGUGCAGAUUGUAUGAAAAUAAAACCCCAAAUACAGGAUAUAUUUAAUUGAGGUAGAAACUUACUGAAACUCUCUGUAGCAGAGGCACUGAGCACAUCCAGUGGUUUAGUGGGAAAGCAAAGUGGUGUUACAGAAUUGUUGUCAAUAAACAUAACAUCCAAAAGCGGGUAUAAGCUAUUUUCAAUUUCAUUUUUCUAGUCUUUUUUUUUUUUUUUUUUUUUUUUUUUUUUUUUUUUUUUUUUUUUUUUUUUCUGAUUAUGUUGUAGUUUUGAUUUGAUUUGCAUUUACAUUAAUGGACAAGGAAGAGAACACAAGUUCCUAAAGCAGGGCUGGAAUGAAUUAGGGCUAGAAUUAGAGGCACAGAAGAGUGGUGUUAGUAAAGCUGGAGCUUUCUGUCAGUUAUAAAUCAAGUGAAUUUUUAUAUUACUAUUUUUCCAGGACAAAAAGCAUCUGUACAAUAAACUCUGGCUCUGUCAUGGCUGUUUGAGAAGCGUGAAUCGAAUUGCUGUGUGUGCUUGGACACCAGUUUUGAAGGGGUUUUUUUGUUUGUUUCUUGGUUGUUUUGGUUUUUUUUGGUUUUUUUUUUGCUAGGAUCCCCUUGGAGUGCAUCUACUCUAUGUAUGUUUGGCUAAAACUACAGGAACAAACCACUUUUGUUUUUAUGGAUUGCUGUACACACAUCUGGUUCUGGUGGGAAGAGGAGGAUUUGUUAGCUGGUGGGUUAGCAUAUUUAUGUGAAUUACUUGCAGCAUUGGUAAACUACUGUCAACUUUGUUCACAUUGCACAAGAUACUCUGUGUUGUCUAUUGCUGGUGUUAUAACCUCGGUGAUCCAUGCAUAUCCUGUAAAUUUCUGUAGGUUUUGUGUAAGAAAUCUUGCCACCACUGCUUGCUACUGUAAAUUCUUGUUUUGGAGCAAGAGGUGGCAUUUGACUGUACAGCCAUGUGUAUUAUAUACUGCAAUAGUCCUUGUUCUGUCCUCUGAACUCACUGUCCACAUAGAGUUGAAGGUCUGUUAAGCACGCUUAGUGGUUUCAGAAUUGAUUUCAAACAGCAGAUCUAUAAGCCAUUUACAGAAACAUUAAAUGUAAUGUAAGAGAAUUCAACCCAGUUCAUACCCUUUUCUGAGAGCUCGGGGUUGGACUGGAGCAGGCAGCUGCAGGUUUGCUGGUGUCCCAGGUGCCUGUGCCUGCACACCUGAGAGGUGUCACACCUGUGCAGUGUCCCCUGGCAAAGGGGUGCCCCAGGCACAGCACCUGGGCAGGCUGCUGCCUGCAAAGAUGUGUGAGCUGGUGUCUUUUUUACUCCCCACAAACUGCAGCAGUGCCAAGACAGAAGCCCAUCUCUAGGGGCAUAUGGGAGGCACAGAGCUGCUUCUGCAUUGUGUCCUCAUCUCCACCCACCGCAGGCUUUACCCGAGGUGGUGGUUAAGGAGAUUUGAACUCUCUGCCUGGUUACCGAAAGAGAAAAAUAACCUGAAUUCUGGGACUCUGCAUUCUUUUUUACAGUAUUUUAUGAUAUACAGCAAAGGCCUGAAAAUGUCUGUGUGUUCUCUGCUGGUUUCUGACAUCAGAAUUUCAAGUCCUGUCUAGUCUGAAAGGCAGUGAUUCGAAAAGUGAAGAAGCUUGGAAAGUUGAAGGGGAUUCUUACUUGGAUUACUUUAAAUUCUGUGUUUCUAUUGAUAGUUUAAUUAAAUGAGUAGGCUAAUCUUUAGAAUCAAGGCAGUCUUAAUGACUUUGCACCUUCACCCUUUCAUGUAAGACUGAGAACUUGCAAUAAGUGUUACUCAUGCUUACAGUCUGAUUUGUAGAUAAAUUCCCUGUAUUUCUAAGAUAAAAAAAAUAUUUCUACAGUUACUUCAGCCCUUUAUAGAGAACAACAGGGCAAUCCCUGUUCCAUAAUCCCAAGUAUUUGUAGGUGUAUUUUAGACAAAGAAUGACUUUCAACAUCAUAAAUGAAACUAAUGUUCAAUGUUCCAGUCUCUGGAAGUAAAGGAAACCUCAGUAAUUUUGCAAACCAGCAAGAAUGAAACUUGUCUAUAUAAAUACUAAUGUAGAAAGUGCAUGCAAAACUUGAUACUGCCUCUGACCUUAAUCGUUGCUAUUGAUACUAUUGGGGAUCUCACAAAUGUGUGUUUCAGAACGCUGUAUUUCUCCUCAGUGCGUGCUUCAUCCUCAUUACCGACAGCUCCUGCAAAGAGCCAGCCCAUGCCGUAGCCAAGGCGUGGGGAUGCAGAACUCCCACAGCACCAUGGAUACGUGGACAUGCGUGCGUGUUGUGUUAGGAUGAGUAGCCACUGCGGCUGCAAGCCCCUCCAGACCUGUCUGUAGCUCUCCAGGGCAGCCUCUGGGGUGCUGGGAGGGCUGCAGUCCGGUGCCCCGGAGCUGCUCCCAUCCACGUGGCUGCGGGUCUCACUCUGGGGGAUCGUCAUGAACUCAGCCUCACUGUGUAACGUGUGAUGAGCUCCUUGCCAGACUGAGCUCCCGAGGCUCGGGUGGUGUGGCACACUGCCCCGAAGCGUGUCUGGCUGGGAGCCUCAGACAGGGCUGUGACAGACUGGAUUGUCAUGGUGAUACUGUGCCACCACAUCAGACUUGUUUCGCUCCAUGCUUGGCCUGAUUCAUCCUGCCCUAAUUUCAGCUGGAUAAAAAUUACCAGCCUGGGUCUUGUGUGCAAGUCCGAGGAGGGACGUGAGUGGAGAUGCCUCUGGAAGAUUUCAUUAUGGCAUCAUCUGUCCUCACCACUGCCAAACGGCUGGAAUUAGGUGGGAUGAAUCCAAAUGUGUACAAUUGGCUUCUCACACCUCUAUGCAGAAGUGUAUUUAUUUGAGCUUGGAAUGGGCAAGAAUAAUGCAGCUCCUUUGAACCUGAAUUCAAGUGUCUCAUAGAUGAUUUUCUGAAUUCAAUCUCAAGCAUGAGAUUUCUGCCCUGUAGUGCUAUUUUCUUUAUUUUUACUUUGAUUUUAACAAACAGCUGUAGCUUCAACUUGCAAAUUGUUGGAACAUUUGCAGAGGGAUUACCCCUGCCUAGGAAUCCUCAUCUUUAUUUGUUAGAGAGGGCUUCCUUGUUACCUGCACUGAUGUUCUUUGGAAGCAACACAGGGAGAAACCAUUGCAUAGAUCAAUCAACACCAGCAAUAGCAUAUGCAUCUUCUAAAAUCAGCUGUGAGCUUGUAACUAAGGUAUUAAUGUUCAUACUUUCAAGGUGUGGCUCAAGAUUCCUUUCCUGAGAGCUUUAAGGAAUAAAUCUAGGAGGUCAUGGUUGAGGGUUGUGAGAAUACAUGUAGUAAUGGCAGUUUAUGAUAGGUUUUUUGGGGGGAAAUGUGCGAUCAAUGUGCUGGGAUUUGGUGGUUUGGAGAUGAGGGAAUCUCCCAUGUCAGAUAGAGCAGAUCUGCAGGCAGCGUUGCUGUGGGUUAGCAGAGCCUGCUUCCAGCAGGUUCCUCCUCUAGUUCCCCCUGACACCUUCCCCAUUACCUGCCGGUACGAAAUCCUGGCAGCAGUUGUGCCAGGUGUUGUGGCGAGCUGAGGAACAGCUCAAGGCCCAAACUGAAAUGCUGUAGCUGCACCUUUCACCUUCAUCAAGCAUCCACGUUCUCAGAGCUGGGCUGGGACAGCAGGCACCUCCACAGCUGCCCUGUAAUCUUACCAGACAAAAGUGGGUGUCACUUCUUAUGAGUUUAUCAGGAGCAGUAUUGAUCCAGUCGCUUUAUUUCCUAAGUUGUGAGUCAUUUGCUGUUGGAAAUGAUACAGAUAUUGUGUAGCUGUGAAUAGAAAAAUUGAGAUUUUUUUUCUUAUGAUGAGCUGGUACAAUUCCUGCUCCGCUGUUCAAUAUUUUUGAGUGCUGAAGUUAACCAAAAAUGCUGCUUUCAUGGAUUAUCUCAGCCUCAGCUCUGCAUGAAAAUGGGCAUGAAAUUCCAGUUGCUGUUCCUGGUUUCUCUGUGAAUUCUGAGCCAAAGGUAAAGCAGUGGGAAAUAUUGUUGUGGCAGCCACUCACUGACAGCUUUUCAGAUGCAUAAAGCCAUUCUGUCUGUCAUCUGACAGUAUUCCAGUUUUCUCACUGGGUCACCAUGUUGUUGUCAGCCAGUGGAGGAAAGGUGGAUGAGCUCACCACCCAGGAAGAGUAGAAAUGUAGCAAGUAAUGAGCUGUGUUCUCCAACAGUCCUUUAUUUGUAGAGCUUCACUUUCAAUUAACUUUUGUACCUUCAGUUAUUAUUGUACCAUUCACUAUCUUGAGGUGGUAUGAGCAGAAAUUUAUGAAUAUAUAUAAUUUACCAGAAAUAUAGGCUUGUAUUGUGCCUUUGUAAUUCUCUUCAGCUUCAGUAUGUAUACGCUGCGAGCAGAUGAACUUCCUCCCUCUUUUGGGGUGUUCUUUACUACAACAGUAGCUGAUGGCUUCAUCAAUAUUGGCUCUUUUAGUCUUCUGGGGCUAACAUUUCUGUUUUUCUGAGUGAAAAUGCCAUAGUGCCCUCAGCAGACAUAAGCACAAUGACAUAACUCUGCAGUGCAUGCUGUCUCUUAGCUUCUCUCUACACGUGCUUGCAUGUUGGAAGACCUGAAGAGCUGCUGUGUAAAUUGCUACAUUAUUUACCCAAUACAGGUGGUUUUCCGCAUCCCUUUUUUGCUCAAAACUCCCAUUAACUCAGAAGUUAGUGAUGGCUCAAAGGGGGGUUUUGGAAGCACAAAGGAUGCAGGAAGCAACUCUUCAGUAGUUUACAGGCUGCUAUAAAUGUCUUUUCAGCAACGAAAUGUAGCAUUUUAGCAGUAAUUUCCUAGUGAAAACACUGAGCGUGCUUAUCACUUAAGAUUUUAAGGAAAAAAAAAAGUGUCAGACUGUAUAAUUGUAUCUCAUAUAAUUUUGACACUUAACCAGUUUUAUCUGUGUGUUCAUGCUAUACCAACCAACAUAGACCUGAAAGGUGACAGCCAUGUUUUUGUUACACAAAAAGUCACAGUUUUACAGAGGUUCUGUUUUGACUUUUUGUUUCUUUACCACAUUUUCACUGCAGAGGUAUUUUUCUAUACAGUUACCUGAGGCUUCCUUUCACCAACCAAAAGAGUCUGUAGCCCUCUGCACUGUGAAAGGCAAAGCCCUUGGAGAGACACGGGCUUUGCACUUGCCCAGCAAAUUAGCAGAAAUUUCACCCAAGCCAUAAAAGCCUCUUAUGUUAAUCUCUGUUUAUGUAAUUAAAGCAAUUAGGGAUAGGAGCUUCAGCAAUAAUGAGGUCUCUCUAUCCUCCAUUUACACUCUCUGUGCUUCAUAGGGAUUUAAGGGUUCUUUUUUCAAGGCUCAGCUGUGUCUCUUCAAACCAGUGCAGUCUAAGCAUCGUGUGAGAUGCAGUUUAUGGAGAUAGCAUUGGAGCGUGAAAGAUUUACUUCUGGUAGCAAGGAAAAACUUGUGUCCCUGUGGACAUGGACACUCGCAAACAAGUCUGAUACCGAGAAUUAAAACAAAUGCGUUCACGAUGGUACCAGUACAUCAGACUCCGUUCUACAGUGGGGUUUUUAGCUUUUGUCAUUUGUAUUUUAUUUUGUGAAAAAAGGAGUUGGGGGGAUCUCAGAUCACAUGGGGAAUAUUAGAAGUAUAUCACUCAACAAUCAUUUUAUAAAGUCUAACUUCAAAAUGCACUAUGAUUUAUUACAAAAGUAUAUUUUCUUCUGUUUUUCGACAUGGUGGUUCCAUUUUGUGAUAAGUUAAACUCAGCAGUUAAUUUGUUGCACUGCCUGGCUGCAUGAUUUCAUCCAGUGUACCUACGUACCUGUGCAGCAUUACUUUUGGGGUUUGUAUUUGAAUUUGCAGUAUUGAUUAUUAUUUUUGUAUUUUACUUUGCCUCUGUUAUUGGAAUUGUAGUAAACAUAAUUUAUACAUAUGAUUUUACAACUGUUUUGCAACUGAAAAGUCUCCUUUAAAUUGUAAAGUUUUAUUGAUGGAUACUCAUUAAAAUGGUAUAAGAAUUAUAUUAACAAUUGUUUUGUGUUUUGAUGCUCUCUGUAUAUAAAUAUAUGUCUAUUUAUCUGUUUAAUGGUGCUUGUGUCUUGCAAUUUUGGAUACAUUUUAGAAUAAAGUUUCAUUUUACAAGAA